AUGACGGGGCAGGUGUUGGGUGAGGGUACUGAGCUGGCGUCUCAGAGGCUGUCAGUGAAGACAUGGCUGGACGAGGAAUGCGAGAGAGCAGACAGCAACCUGAGUCAUCUGAGUCGAGGCCAGUCUAUGUGUGAUGACACGUCGUCAGAACUACAACGGAUGGCUGUCAUUGACCGGAGAGGACUCACCUCCCAGAACUCCUUCAGAGGGAGAGGAGCCAUGUCAAGGUUGGUCAGCAUGGUGGUGACUUUGAGAGAGUGGGCUCAUAAGAGUUUGGUUGAGGAGCAAGAGAGACCUGAUUCGUUCCUGGAAAGGUUCCGAGGCCCUGAUCUGCAGGAUCCGCCCAGCAGGAUCAGCCAAUCACGACCGGAUGCUGAGCCCACUGACCACAACGACCACAUACAUACUAAGAGUCCAGGUAUGUUGAUAUUAUCUCCAGCUGAUAAUAUCUAUUACCACUGGCUCCUGAUCAUCUCGACUGCUGUGCUCUACAACUGGUGCCUCCUGGUGGCCAGGGCAUGUUUUGAUGAGCUUCAGACGAGUGGUGCCAUCGUGUGGCUGGUGUUGGACUACCUGUGUGACGGUCUCUACAUCUUGGACACAGCCGUCAGGCUACGCACAGGUUUCCUGGAGCAGGGUCUGUUGGUGAAGGACCUCUCUAAGCUGAGAGACAGUUAUCUGAAGACGGUUCAGUUUAAACUAGACCUGUUGUCUAUCCUGCCUACUGACCUGUUCUACCUAUCUCUGGGAAUACACACUCCUCUCCUCCGCUUCAACAGACUGCUGCGGUUCAACCGCAUGUUCGAGUUUUUCGACCGUACAGAGACCAGGACCAGUUACCCCAACGCCUUCCGCAUCACUAACCUGGUCCUUUACAUACUGGUGAUAAUCCAUUGGAACGCCUGUAUGUACUACUCCUUCUCCAAGGCCCUGGGACUGGGGUCUGACUCCUGGGUGUAUCCCAACCAGACAACUCUGUCGCGGGGUUACAUCUACUGCCUCUACUGGUCCACCCUCACCCUCACCACCAUAGGAGAGACACCACCACCCGUACGAGAUGAGGAGUUCCUCUUUGUGGUCUUUGACUUCCUGGUGGGCGUGUUGAUCUUCGCCAGCAUCGUGGGGAACGUGGGAGCCAUGAUCUCCAAUAUGAACGCUACGCGGGCAGAGUUCCAGAGCCGCAUCGACCAGGUCAAACACUACAUGCAGUUCAGACACGUCAGCCGUGACCUGGAGCACCGUGUCAUUCGCUGGUUCGACUACCUCUGGACCAAUCAGAAGGCGGUAGACGAACAGGAAGUUCUGAAGAGCCUGCCCAAUAAACUGAGGGCUGAGAUCGCUAUCAAUGUGCACCUGGAAACUUUAAAGAAGGUGCGUAUCUUCCAGGACUGUGAAGCAGGCCUGCUAGUAGAGUUGGUAUUGAAGCUGCGUCCCCAGGUCUUCUCUCCAGGAGAUUAUAUCUGUCGUAAAGGAGAUAUUGGGAAGGAGAUGUACAUUAUUAAAGAUGGCCGCCUGGCGGUGGUGGGAGAUGAUGGAGCUACUCAGCUGGCCAUGCUCACUUCAGGAAGCUGCUUCGGGGAGAUCAGCAUCCUGAACAUCCGGGGCAGUAAGAUGGGAAACAGGAGAACAGCUAACAUCCGUAGCCUUGGUUACUCUGACCUGUUCUGUCUGUCUAAGAGAGAUCUGACCGAGGCACUCAGCGACUUCCCUCAUGCAAGAACCCAGUUGGAGCAGAGGGGGCGGGAUAUCCUCAGGAAGGAGGGGCUACUGGAUGAAGUGGGAGGAGAUAGCCUGGGAGUGGAGGAAAUGGAGGAGAAGGUGGAGAAGUUGGAGGCGUGUGUGGAUCGUCUCCAGACGCGGUUGGCACGUUUACAAAUGGAGUAUGCCACCGCGCAGCAACGUCUGAAGCAGCGAAUCACGGCUCUGGAACACAGCGUCGGCACCACGGUUACCGUCGGAAGCGGUUUCCUGUCCGACGCCGAUGGUAAUGAGAGUGGCGGUGACGACGGAGCACGCAGUGAGAUCAACAUCAGACUGUGACAACGCUGUAUCGCCAUAGAGACAGCUGGAAGAGCGUUUAUCUUAUUUACUCUGUUUUAUUUAGUUAGAUUUAAUAUUUUGUGUUAGAUUUGAUAUCUGUUGUUGUUGUUGUUUUUGUCUGUCAGCAGGGUGUCGCUGUGUUUAAUGAUGGUGUAACGCUGAGUCUACCUGUAAGCUACUGUAUGUUCAACAAUGUAAAAACAAAACUGUCUCUUGAAAAACACCUUAAAUUCCUGUUCAUGACAAUCCAAAUAAUAACUUCCAAUAGUUUUUUUUUA